GGCCGACGUUCGAUGGUGUUUUCCUCUCUAGUGCAAGUGGAAUAACUGAAGAAUAAAGUCAACAUUUUCGCUACCAGAUAAUCUUUAAGAUUUUCAAAGGCUUGAGAAAUGGCUUUGGUAGGUUUUGCUAGAAGACUCGCUUCACUUCCAAAAAGUGUUGGUUUUACAAGAUGGUCUUGCAGCCAGUCAUCUUUCAUAGGUCUCCGUGCUGUGGCAGUUUUUUUCUGACGGCAGUGGGUUUGGAUUUAAUCAAAAUGGAGARCUGGUACUGGUCAACAAUGGACAAGGGAUAAUUCUGGAAUAAUAACAUGGGACACAAUGUUCAAAUGCCGCUUAGCAAAAAGUCUGUUGAUACAGAAAAGAAUCUCAUGAAACCAGUUGUUGAUCUUGAUAUAUGGAUAGAGAACUCACCAAGUCAACCUAAUAACAGAGGUAAUACACCUUGGAUGAAACCAUCUGCUCCUAAGUUUGGAGCUGCCAGCUUCUCGACUUGGGUUGGCAGAAAGCAGCCCCAUAGUUCACCGUCCAAGUCUGCCAGCUUUUCUAGCUUGGCCGGCGAUGGCUAUGGUAGUACUAGCAACAAYUUGCCGAUGUCCUUGGUAAUAUUCGAUAAGGAUGGYACCUUGAUUGAUUGUAACUCUGUUUGGGUGCCGUGGAUGGAGGCACAUGUUAAGGAACUUGAGAAAACAACUGGGAUGAAYCUAUCCRAUGAUCUGUACUCCGCAGUAGGGUACUGUCCUAAGGAGAAUGAAUACCGUGAUGAUAGUCUCCUUGCUCAUGCAGUCGUCUCGGACAUCAAGGAGAAGUUCAAGGACGUCCUAGUGGACAAUGGAAUGGAUUACGACUCCGCAAGCGAGCUGGUCGAUGGCUGCUGCCCUGAUUUCGACUCGGG